GCGGGUAAAAAGGCGCCCAAUGGCUGGUCUCGUAUCUGAUAGGAGAGCUCUUUUCCAGAGAGGAGAUAUUCUAGGACAUGGAUUUCUACAGAGGUUCAAGUGUAUCUCGGAAGACAGCGUUUUCUUUUACGGAAGAGAAGGAGAGCCGGUGCCUCCAUUUGCUUGUAAAUUCAGUCCCUCUGGUCUUCAUGGUAACCUGCUGGUCACUGCCGAUGAAGAUGGAUCUAUUAAGCUCUUGAACUCACAAAAGCCAGCACAGCAUUCUCUAAUUAAAGAAUGGAAGGGACAUAAAAAUGCAAUUUUUGAUUUCGCAUUUUCCGGUAGCACUCAUCUGGUAACUGGAUCUGGUGAUUCUAAACUGGUUCAGUGGGACAUCAAUGACUGUACAGCUUUGAGGAGGUUUAAAGGUCACACUGGAAGCGUCAAAUCAGUUGAUAUCGACGAAUCAAAUCCAUGUGUGGUAGUUUCGGGUGGUAGAGGAGGGAAUAUUUUAAUUUGGGACACUCGUUGCUCUAGCAGUAAAGAUGGUUUCACUGUUCCUAUCAGUAAAGUACCAAACGCUCACUUAGACAAUUCAGAAAUUAAACUAUCAAAUUCUUCAAGCAGAAGGAAAUCCAUCGUAAGCAUGAAACAGGUUGCUGUGACGUCUGUUCUGUUUCAUCGUGAUCAUUAUGUAGCGUCCUCAGGUGCUGCUGAUAGUUGUAUCAAGCUAUGGGAUGUAAGAGGUAGAACUACCACACCCACUCCAUCUCACACGUUCAUGUAUGGGAGUCAUGGUAUCACAUCAUUACUAAGUGAUCCAUACCAAUCUCUUCUUUAUGCUGCUUCCACUGAUAACAAGAUUUAUGUUUAUGAUAGUGUGACUUUAAAGAAUGUACCAAUUGAUGUGUUUACUGGUCAUAAGAAUCAAAGUUACUAUAUAAAGACAGCACUGAGUGUCUGUGGAAGGUUUUUAUUAUCUGGUUCUACCCAUAAGAAUGCUGUGAUAUGGGAUACUCAGAAACCUCGUUCUCCUCCCACUUUGCUGGUCGGUCAUGAUACUGAGGUCACAGCUGUGGCCUGGUGUCCAUCUCAGCUGGAUAAGAUUGUGACGUGUUCUGAUUCGUGUGACUUGAGAAUUUGGAGAACAAAUGAAGUAAAAGAGAGAGGGAGAGAAGAAGUGAUAGGAUAUGCCGAAAGAAGUACGGAAAAACAAGAGCCUCCAGUUCUCAGGCCAAUAGAAAACACAUCAAUUGGAAAUGAUGCUAUUAGAUCUGGCGCUACUACUCCUGACAAAGUCCUCAUUAAAAAAAGAAAGAACUCAGUUACAUCACCAGAGAUGAAAAGUAAAAAGAUAAAAGUGAAUAAGGACACUACACCUCUAUCACAAAGAACUAUAAAUUCAUUUUUUAAUAAAAGUUAAUGUUGUAAAUUAUAAUGAAGGCUACAUGUAUAUCUGUGCUAAUGAAGAAGUAUUGAUUUCGAUGAUUUCUUGAUCUUCAAGA